AUCAUCUUGACGAUAUGACUUAAUACGAGUGAUAAUUCUUGAACUACAUAUGCAAUUUGUAUCACAGCUACACUUCAAUCUCAUUUCUAUUUCAAAGCUUAUUACUCAACUUGGUUGCCAAUUGAUUUUUCUCCUACAUCUUGUGAAAUCCAAGACCUCCAAUCUAUGAGGAUGAUUGAUGUAGGUAAAAUGAAAAGAGAACUUUACAUUCUUGGUCUCAAUCCUAAAGUGAAUUCUUUUGUUCAUUCUGUUAACAAUUUUUAUUCACAUGAUUGUGACCUGUGGCAUGUUAGAUUUGGUCAUUUGGCUCAUGACAAACUUGUUGUAUUGAAGCAAAAGUUUUCUUUUAUUGAUUGUGUUCAAAAUAAAGAUCCUUGUAAUGUUUGCUACUUAGCUAAGCAAAAACAUUUACCUUUUCCUUCAAGUGUGAGAAAAUCUGAAGCAGAUUUUGAUUUGAUACAUGUUGACAUAUGGGGGCCAACAUCCUCCUCUUCUAUUUUUGGACAUAGAUACUUUCUCACUGUGGUAGAUGAUAAAUCAAGAUAUACUUGGACUUACUUUAUAAAGCAAAAGUAAGAAAUAGCUACACAUUUGAAAGGCUUUAUAGCCAUGGUGGAGAAUUAAUUUAAUAAGAGAAUAAAAUGUAUAAGGUCAGCCAAUGGACCAGAAUUUAAUUUGACAUCAUUCUUCAAUGAGAAAGGAAUUAUUCAUCAAAAAUCUUGUGUUGAAACUCCACAGCAAAAUGGGAUAGUGGAAAGAAAGCAUUAGCACAUCAUAACAGUGGCUAGAGCUCUUAUUUUUUAAUCUCAUAUUCCUAAAUGUUUCUGGAUUUAUGCUAUUUCACAUGCUAUUUUUCUUAUUGUAGGCAGCCAAGCAAAGUUUUGAAAAAUCUCACUCCUUAUGAGAUUCUUUAUCAGCAACUUCCUAACAUUAGUAACUUAAAAGAGUUUUGGUUGCUUAGCUUAUGCAAGCACCUUACAAGCUAACAGAAAGAAGUUUGAUCCUAGAGGAAGAAAAUGUGUUUUUCUGGAUUUCAGACACAAUGUGAAGGGAUAUCUCUUAUAUGACUUAUUAUCCAGAGAGACUUUCCUUAGCAAGCAUGUAGAAUUUUUUUUGCACAUCUAUCCUUUCCUGAGCAAAGAAACUAUUAAUGUUGAUCAUUUCUGUCCUAAUGAUCACUCUCACACCAUUCCCUUACCUCUACUAAAUUUUGAAUCAACUACAGAAUCAUCACUUACUCAUAUUGAUGCUGCACUUGACCCUAACGUUCCAAAUAUACCAUGUCUAGAAACAACCAUACAAGAUCCACCAUCCCUUAGAAAAUCUACAAGGCCGAAAAGACUCCCAUCCUCUCUCACAGAUUACCAUCAUACAUUAGCUAUUAAUCAUACCAUUCACUCUAAUACUAAGUAUCCCAUUUCAAAAUGUGUUUCCUAUACCAACCUUUCCUCUUGUUACAAAAACUAUGUCCUCAAUAUUUCCACAGCUAUUGAACCUACUAAUUAUGCUCAGGCCAUUCAACAUGAUUGCUAGAAGAAUGCUAUUCAAACGGAACUUGCAGCUUUGGAGAAAAAUAACAAUUGGACUCUCACAGAUUUGCCUCAUGAUAAAAGGGCAAUAGGAUGCAAAUGGAUUUUUAUGAUCAAGUUCCAUUUUGAUGGUACCAUUGAGAGAUACAAGGCUAGAUUGGUAGCCAAAGGAUAUACUCAGACAGAGGGAUUAGAUUAUCUAGACACUUUCAGCCCUGUUGUCAUGAUGACUACUGUAAGAACUUUGCUUCUUGUUGCUUUUGCCAAGAAUUGGCAUCUUCAUCAAUUAGAUGUCAAUACUGCAUUCCUUCAUACAUGAGGAAGUCUAUAUGCACUUGCCUCCAGGUUUUGAGGUAGCUCGAUCUCACACAGGGAUCUCCAUUUGUCAGAGAAAAUAUGCAAUGGAUCUACUUGAAAGUGCAAAGUUACUUGCUAGAAAACCUUGUAAAACACCUAUGGAUUACACUCUUAAACUUCAUAAAAGUUUAGGAACCCCAUUGAAUGAUCCUGAAGUUUAUAGAACACUAUUGGGGAAAUUAAUUUACUUGACUAAUAUUAGACUAGAUAUUAGUUUCUCUGUCACUCAUUUAAGUCAGUUUAUGGCACAACCAACAGAUGUGCACUAUCAGGCAGCCUUGAGAGUUCUUAGAUUCAUAAAAAAUGCUACUGGAAGAGGUCUAUUUUUCCCUUCAAAUUCUGAUCUUAAAUUGAAAGGUUUCACAAAUUCUGAGUGGGGUUCUUGCCUUGAUACAAGAAGGUCUGUCACUGGAUUUUGUUUCUUCCUUGGCAAUGCUCUCAUUUCUUGGAAGAGCAAGAAGCAGCCCACAAUUUCAAAAUCUUCAUCGAAGGCUGAAUAUAGAGCUUUGUCACAAGCCACAUGUGAAGCUUAGUGGUUAUUCUAUCUUCUUCAAGAUUUUCAACUAACAGAUAUAGCUCUCAUUACUCUAUAUUAUGACAAUUAAUCUGCCUUACCCAUAGCCUCCAAUCCUGUGUUUCAUGAAUGAACUAAACACAUAGAAUUGGAUUGUCAUUUUGUUCGAGAAAAGCUACAACUUGGCUUAAUUCACUUGCUUUCCAUUUCCAGUUCUUCUCAUAUUGUUGACAUUCUGACCAAACCACUUAGCCUAACACCUUUUAAACACUUACAAUCCAAGCUUGGAAUGAUUAAUAUCUAUUCCAAAUUGCGGGGAGGGUGUUACACAAUAAUUAGCAAUAGUUAGUGUUACACUCUGUUUUAGUUAGUUUUACACUUUGUUUUUUGUUAGUAGCUGAAUUGUACAGUGGUUAGUUAGUUUUUCUGUUAAUUACUUUUCUCGAUUAUAUUUUUUGUACAUAUAAUUCAUCUUUCUGUAACUUUCUUUUUAAUGAAAAGUACAGUUCUUCAAUCUCUCU